AAGUUCCCUGAGCAGAGACAUGCAGGCAGCCUGAGCAGGUCAGGAUUCAGGGAGCCACACACAAGGAAGGACCACAGAACAGCUGCCUUGCAAUUGGCCGAGGUGGAACAGCUGCUGCACCGGUGCUGGCACCAGUUUGAGCUGAGCUGGAACAGCCCAACUCUGUGGCUGCCUUUGUGACGCAUAAGAAGCCCAAAGAAGGGCAGGAGUGCUGUCUAAUUUUGGAGUGGUCAGUAGCCAGCAACAAGCUGAGCGGCCGGAAACCCUUGCUAAUGAGUAGAGAAGUGAUGCGUCCAGUAAGAAACUCAAGCGUGCGCCUAUGCUGAAGAUUCGAGAAAAUCUGCUGUAAGACACGCUGAUUUGCGUUGGUCAAAAUGUUGAGGGUUUCGCAGGCUGCCGCUCAGCCCGGUGGUCGAAAUGUCAAAAACCCUGGUGGAAGUUUGCCGGAGGCAAGAAGACGAGAUGCAGAGUCGCAAGAGUUGGAAGGGGAUGACUCCUUUGCAGAAGAAGUUUCCAAGGAGGUUUUUGCAGCUUAUGUGUGUAGGAGCCAAUCCAAAGGUUUAGAUCACCCAGGGGACAUUGCUGAAGCAGCUAGUCUGGCUGCCAUCCCUCUGCCACCAUCUCGCUUUCCUCUCUUCGAUUCGCUGCCUUCAGCAAUCGUGGAGGGAGGCAAGCUGAGCAAACUCCAGCUGGAAGGUGUUAUGUACGCUUGCCAGGCACACACAAGCAUCCUCCCCAAUGGGAGCCGGCAAGGAUUCUAUAUCGGUGAUUCGACAGGGGUUGGAAAGGGACGACAGUGCUCAGGUAUCAUUCUGGAUUCUUUUGCAAGGGGCCGGAGGAAGCAUGUAUGGGUGUCAACAUCGGAGGACCUGAGCCUUGAUGCUGAAAGGGAUCUACGGGAUAUAGACUGCCACGUGAAUGUGAUCAGGAAUCUGCAGUCCUUGGACCGGGAAAUGAAGGCUACUGGUCUCAGCAAAGAUUUCCAAGAAGGUGUUCUCUUUACCACAUAUUCAACCCUUGUUUCUACAAACAAGAAGGGAAAAAGGCUCGAUCAACUGGUAGCUUGGUGUGGUGGUGAGAGUUUUGAUGGAGUCCUGAUCUUCGAUGAAGCUCACAAAUCCAAGAACUUUGUCGUGGGUAAGGAGGGGGCCAGCAGCAAGGUGUCUGUUACUGUCAUCCAAAUUCAGGAGCUUCUUCCAAAAGCCAGGGUUGUAUAUUGCAGCGCGACGGGCGUGAGUGAGAUUGGUCAUUGCGCAUACAUGACGCGGAUGGGCCUUUGGGGUCCUGGGACGCCGUUCAAGGACUUCGAGUACUUCGUGGAGAGCAUGAAGAAGAGAGGGCUUGGGUUUCUGGAGAUGCUGGCCAUGGAAAUGAAAGCGUCCGGCUUCUAUGUAUCUCGGGGGUUGAGCUUCAAGCAAGCCGAGUUCCUAGAGCUCGAGUGCAAGCUUUCAGAACAUCAGAUGCAAGUGUACGAUGACGCUGUAAGGCUGUGGAGCAAGCUCCGUGAAGAUCUCGCUCUCGCCUUGAACCUUACCAAGGCCCCGGUCAGGGACCUCUCUCGAACGUUCUGGUCCUGUCAGCAGAGGUUCUUCAAGAUGCUAUGCAUCUCCCUGAAAGUACCGACAGUUGUUGCUGAGGCUAAGGAUGCCCUGGCAAACGGCAAUUGUGUGGUCAUCGGACUUCAGACCACCGGUGAAGCGUCCCUGGACAAGGAGUUGGAGAAGGACGAGAAGAUCAGCGAUUUCGUGUCCACCACCAAGGAGAUGCUGCUCCGCUUCAUCGAGACGCAGUUUCCCAUCCGCAUCUACGAAGACCAAACCCUCCAAAUAAACCUAGCUCCAGGAGCCAGCUCCGAAGGCCCUGCGUCGCAGGCCGGCACUCAGGCCGGCCCUUCGUCACAGUCAGCGGCAGCAGCGAGGGCCACGCCGACAGGGCCUAUCGAGGAAAACUGCCUGGCAAUGCGCGACCUGUUGAUAGAAAGCGCGUGUGAUUUAGAGCUCCCGCCGAACGUUCUCGACGAGCUUGUAGACCAGCUGGGGGGACCGUCGGCAGUCGCCGAGAUGACGGGACGGAAGGGACGGGUUGUUCGAACGGCGAAUGGGUCCAUCCAGUACGAGCUGCGCGUCAAGUCGGAGGCCUCAGAGCUGGACAGCCUUAACACCAGCGAGUGCAAGGCCUUCAUGAAGGGCCAAAAGCUGGUCGCUAUCGUGUCAGACGCGGCGAGCACAGGCAUCUCGCUGCACGCCGACCAGCGGGUCGAAAAUCAACGGCGGAGAGUGCACCUCACGAUCGAGCUGCCCUGGAGCGCCGACAAGGCGAUCCAGCAAUUGGGCCGCUCGCAUCGGUCCAAUCAAACUAGCGCUCCUUUGUACAAGCUGGUCACCACCGACUUGGGAGGCGAGAAGCGCUUCGCCUCCGCUGUUGCUCGACGCUUGCAAUCCUUGGGCGCUCUGACCAGGGGCGACAGGCGGGCUGCCUCGGGGGUGGACCUGAGCGAGUGGAACAUCGACAGCCCGCUCGGUCGGAAGGCCCUCAAGAAGAUGUACGACGCCAUCAUCGAAGGCAGCUCGCGCCUGCCGAACGGCGUCCGCUUCGACGACCUAAACCCAUUUAGCUCGUACGACGGCUCCCAACCCAGCACCGCAACCGAGCUCAACACCGCAAUGCAAGAGUGCGUCACUCUGAUGGGCGUCAACGUCAGCGAAUCCACCAGGAAACGUGCCCUAGUCUCGGACGCCCCGGACAACGGAGCGCUGUACCGGAUCGUGUCCGAACUCAUCGCCUCGAAAGAUCCGCUAAAGGUACAGCUGGCGACCGAGAUGAUGCGGCAAGUGCGGCAGGCGAGCGCGGCCGCGGGGGCGGGAGACGCGGCCGCGACAGACGACUUGAGCACGGCGGAGGCGGUGGGGAAGGACCUGAGCGACGUCAAGAGGUUCCUGAACCGGCUGCUGGGGCUGCCCUGCCGGAAACAGAACGUGCUCUUCAAUUACUUCGUCGCGGUGCUGGCGGCCGAAGUGCGCGCCGCCAAGCAGGAGGGCAAGUACAGCGAGGGGGUGAGCGACCUCCCGGGCACCGACGUUCGGCGGGCGAAGCCCCCGGAGGUGGUCUGGACCGACCCCUGGUCCGGGCUGGCCACCAAGCGGCACGACCUCAUCGUCGACAGGGGGGUCUCCUUUGAAGCGGCGGUAGCGCAGCUAGAGCACGAGCGGGGAGAGCCACGAGACGGGUUUUACAUGAGCAACCGAGAGUGGUUUGGGAGGCCGAUGUUCCUCAUGGCAAUUCAGAAGCCGGGCGCCAGCGCGUUCGUGGUGACGCGGCCCAACACCGGCAAGUCGUUCUUCGAGAUGGACGAGGACGAGCUCGCAGACAAGUACCGCGCGAUGGAGCCCGACAAGGUGCAGGCCGGCUGGACCGCCAUGUACGAGCGCUCGCUGCACUCCUGCCUGCACGGUGCGGCGUGCACCAACGGUCGGAGCUGCGCCGCGGGCAUGCGGGUGAGCGAGGUGACGGUGCUGCAGGGCGCGGUGGUGCCCAUCUGGGGCACGCUGGAGCAGCUCCUCGACAAGUACGCCAUGCAGCUCAACAAAAGUGACCGGGGCAUGCGAGUAGUGCGCGUUGAGCUCAACGACACGGACAAGGUCAUCGGCAUCCGGUACCCCGCAUAUCUGUUGGAAGAGGUGAAGGCGCUCGUAACCGCGGCGCAACUAGAGCGGGCUGCCUGGUCUAAGACGACGCAGAGCACCGUGGAGCCCGUCCGGCCCGUGGACCCGAAGGCGCUGGCCAAGGCGACGCGGCCGAAGUUGACCAUGCUUAGUUUCUUCCAGCCGAAGACUGCGGAUGCGCCAACCGUUGGUCCGCUGCCAGCGGUAGCGAACACCAUGAACAAUUCAAAAGGCGGAACAAUUCCUGUUCGGACGGUGCAUGCGUCAGCGGCUGUCGACAGCAUAGAUCUGAAGCAGACAAUCGCAGGGGCCGUUGGUCAGGCUGGCAAGCGGCCGGCGCAGGCGGAAACUGGGCAGAAAGAUGCCAAGCGAAAGAGAUCACUGCCAACGCAGCAGACGAACACCCUCCACAGCAUGUUCAAAACGAAGAUCGUCGCUCCCGCCAAUGCAACCGGCUCUGCGAGACCGAUCAGGAAGGCGGCCGGGGGUAGCUCGGAGCAGUCUCCCAUCGAUCUUACGGAGUCUGACUGCUAAUCAUCGGAACUCGACUGCAUAGAGAUAAGCUAAUUAGGUCUUAGGUGAGUUGCUAAUUGAGAGCCCUCCAUGUUGAACGAGCAGUACUUCAGCACGAUCACAUUCCAGUUUCAGGGCUCCGCCGAAGAGGUAACAGUCUGAUUGAUCAUUUGGGUAUUGCGAGUCCACAACGCUGCCUGACGAAAGACGGCCUGAAAUCGUGGUGCUCGUUCCGCGGCGUUCUUGGCAAGA